AACGUAAAACGUGUUCAGUUUGAAUUUUAGCGUUCAGGCGAUAGCACCAUGAUUGCGACAUUAGUGUUAGUUUUGUUAGGUCUGUUAGUAGCUCCUAUCGGAGCUCAAAUGAAUGAUUUAGAUAUAAACGAUUUAAAAACGAUAAAAAAUCAACUAAAUGUGCUUAUGGAAAAAAGACAACAAGAUUAUGAACAAAUGGAAAAGUCAUUAUUCCAAUCACUUAGAAGAAACUUAGAUCUUGUAGCUUUAAAAGAAGAAAUUAAAAUAUUAAGGAGUGAACAAUUGAAAAUAUCUCAAUCCGGCGAUGGGGGAGAUCGGGAUAAAGUUGCAGUAGGCUGGUUGAAAGAUGUAAUCGAAAGUUUAAAAUCAGAAAUACAAGAUGUUUGGUCAGCAAUUAAUGAAACUGCACAAAUUCACAAAGCAACUACUCUUCAAAAUGAUAUUCAAGCCUUAAAAAAAGACCUUGAUGGUAUUCGAAAAGAUUUACAAACAAUGCAAGGGGAGUUACUUUCUGUUCGAAAAAACGUUGAAAAUGCAGCUAUUUUACAAAUUGAAUUAGAAAAAAAGUUGAAUUCUUUAAUUAAAUAUCAGAAUACUGUUAAUAAAAAAAAUGAAGAGUUGGAAGAAAAACAAAUGGCAACUAUUUAUAAAAGAGUUGCAAUUAGCAAUGAAGAUCCUCUACAAACGAACGUAAUCACAACUAUUGUGACUGACCAAGAAAUUAAAGAACUCAAAAUUCUGGAGUCUUCGAGGAAAUCUUUGAACCACAGAAUGGCACGUUUAGAAAAAAGAAUUAAGGGUAUUUUGUACAGAGAAAGUAGCAUAGUUGAACGAGAAAAUCGACUUUCCAGAUUGGAAGUUAAUCUGAAUGCUACUAAGGAAGCAAUUGCAUUUAACCUGACACGUCAAGAUGCUACCUUAGAUCGACUACAUGGAUCAUUAUUAGAACUUCUGGAAAGUGUUGAAACCUUAGACGACCGGGUUGACGCGUGUUUACCUGAAGUGCGCAAAGAAAUAUCCAAAAUAGAAUUUGCUGUGGCAAGAAUAAAUGCUUCAGUAGCCAUCAUCAAAGAAGAUCAGAACAAUCAAAUGCUAACGACUAAAGCACUAGGAGAAGGCAUGUCAGCAAUUCAGAGAACAUUGAGCAAAACUUCGGAAAAAAUCUUUAUAUCCGAUAAGAUAACUAAAGAUAGUCAUCAAAAAUACACAAGCGCUCUGAAUGAAUUGGAUUCAUUACACAAACCGUAUGGAAGGAUUAUAGGCGAACUACCUAAAGAUUGUUCACAAAUUAAUGAAAAUGGAGAAUAUUUGAUUUCAUCGAAUGGAAAAGCAAUUCUUGUUCACUGUGAAAUAUCAAAAAAUAUGUCCUGGAUUACAUUUCAAAGAAGGACUAAUGAUCAAUUAACAUUCAAUAAUAUAUGGACAGAAUAUUCUGAAGGAUUUGGACAAGUAUAUGGUGAUUUAUGGCUUGGUAAUGAAGCCAUUCAUCAACUUACAUCAGACAAUAAAUCCUCUUUACAAAUAAAUAUGAUUGAUAUUUACGGAAAUUUUUGGAUUGCUGAGUAUAAAAAUUUCAAAGUUUCUAAUGCUAGUACGGGUUAUCUUUUAUCCGUUUCUGGUUUUAAAGGUAAUGCGACUGAUGCUUUAUCCUUCCAAAAUGGUCAUAAGUUUAGUACAUUAGAUCAUGAUCAAGAUGACAGUACCACUAAUUGUGCAGCAAACUAUGAAGGUGGUUGGUGGUACUCCCGUUGUCAACACGCUAAUCUAAAUGGAAAAUAUAAUUAUGGACUGACAUGGUUUGAUUCAAGUCGAAACCAAUAUAUUGCUAUUUCAAAAAGUGAAAUGAAAAUAGGAAGGCCUAUUGUUUAACUCCUGAAUUUGUCUUUGCAUUUACUGCAUGCUAGUCAUUGAGACAAAUAAUAUUCUCAAUAAGAAUAUGAGUCUCUAUUUGAAUGAACUGAUUAGAUAAUUAAUAUUAAUGAACAUAGUAAUCAUUUUAUUAAAAAUAAAACCCAUAAUUUCGUCUUCUGAAAAGUUAAGAUGUUUAUAAAACAAAGUUUAUGCUCAUCUAUUAUUUUUAGUUUUAUUAAAUUUUGAUAUUGUACAUAAAAUUAAAAAAUUAUUUAACAUCCAACCUAACUAUUAAAAUCAGAAUACUUUACUCUCUUAACUAUGCUGUUUAUUUUAUUUUUAAUUUAUAAUAUACAGUUUUUUUUAUCAAUGUCAAUACUUUUUCAUUCAAUGUAAAA